AUGCGCCUGGCUCCCCUCCGACUCCUGGGCCUCACCGUUGCCCUCCUUGCUCCAACACAAGCCUGGAAUCUCUGUCGCUGCCGGAUUGGCGAGCCCUGCUGGCCUUCACAGGCGGAAUGGAGGGCGCUCAACGCCUCCGUCAAUGGGAACCUGAUAGCCGUUCGGCCCGUAGGAGAAGUCUGCCAUGGAAGCGCAUAUGACGCUGCAAAAUGCGAGGAAGUGCGAUCUCGCACCAACGACGCCGCCUGGCGCGUCGCACAACCAGGCGCCCUGUCCUGGACAAACUGGGAAGCCCUCGCCGAACUCGACGAGGACUGCUACAUCGACCGUCCCAGGAAUCACACCUGCAAGCAGGGCCGCAUCCCGCCCUACGCAGUCAUGGCGCGCACACCGCGCGACAUCCAAGAAGCCCUGCGUUUCGCCAGGCGCCGCAACAUCCACGUCGUCGUCCGCAAUACUGGCCAUGAUAUGUUCGGGAAGUCCGGCGGUCCCAGCGCGCUCCAGAUCAACCUGAGCAAGCUGAAGGGCGUGCAAUACCAGGAACACUUCGUCCCGCGCGGUGGAUCCCAGUCGCUCGGUAAGGCGGCGACCCUCGCUGCUGGGACGAUGGGAGCUGACUUUGCGGAGGACGCGCGCAAGCAUGGGUAUGUCCCGUUGAUUGGCUUGGCCCCCACGGUAGGUGUCGCCGGGGGGUUUCUGCAGGGAGGGGGGAUAUCGACGCUCACGGCGGUGUUUGGGCUUGCGGCGGAUCACGCGUUGGAGUUUGAGGUCAUCACGGCACAGGGUGACCUCGUGGUAGCCAACGAGUUCCAGAAUCAGGACCUCUUCUGGGCCUUGAAGGGCGGCGGUGGUGGCACGUUUGGCAUUGCGAUCCGGAGCACCGUUCAAGUCUUUGAUGAUUUCCCGGCGCUGACCCAUGUCGCGGCAAUGUCGGUGCCGAACGCCUUCCACAACGGCUCCGCGGCCGGCUGUCGAGCGUUGUGGGAUGUUGUCGAGCAGUUGAUACGGCUGAUCCCACGGCUGCACGACAAGAACGUCGCAGCCAAUUUCGGCAUGACACACAUGCCAGACGACAGCGCCAUGGUGACCAUGCAGAUGGUAUUCGCAAACCGCACCACCGCGCAGGCCAAAGACGAUGCGCUGGCAGAUCUGCCUGCAGCGCCCCACAGACCGAACCGGCUGGGCAGACUAUGA